UUACAGUAGUCUCUCUCUCUCGCUCUUCUCUCAGGAUAGAUCAACUUAUUUCUCAGAGGUUGGCAGAACUGUGCAGAGAGUAAGGCAAUCCUGUGGCAACAAGAAGCUGCAGAUAUGCCAGGAGCACACGUGCCAUGCUGAUUCAAAGAGGAACAGUCAGUCGGCUGUGUCGGGGCAGUCUUAUCCACACAAGUCAUGCAUCUCCCAAGUGCCCUUAAGACUCCUAAUCAAAGUAAAUGGCCAGAGAGAUGGUUUGGGCAUCAGCAUUGCAGGAGGCAAGGGCUCCUUGCCCUACAUAAAGAAUGAUGAGGGGAUCUUCAUUUCCAGAGUGAGCAAAGGAGGGCCAGCCGAGAAGGCAGGGGUGCACAUUGGAGACAGAGUACUAGAGGUCAAUGGGCGGAAUAUGCAGGGGGUCAGCCACAAUGCGGCGGUCAGCACCCUGCGGCAGGCAGGCAGCUGUAUUAAGAUGAAAGUCCUGCGGCAGAGUCUUGAACCCGCAGAGGAUCGAGCAACCCAGGAGCCUGAAGAUUCAAAAACAGGGCUUUUGAUUGGUCACAAGGAGACUGAACUUGAUUACAGCUCUAUAGCCAACAGGACUGAGGCUGUGGUCUGCAAUGGCAAGGGCUUGAGUGACCUGGCACAAGAGAAAACACCAGGAAAAGACUGGCACGACUUGUUUAAAAACAACAGUCUGCGGGUUGGGCAACACAACAUGACGAUACCUCGGAUUAUUCUGACUCAUCCCUCUACCUCAGAUGAAGAUGUGGACGGGCUGGCACUAAGUGACCUUGAUGAAAUGAAUAAUCCUGAUAACCACAUCUAUUCGGACCUAAAUAGUGCCUUUUAUCCACCAUGAAAAAUUUGAACACACUGAUUACAUGAGAGACCCAGUCACACCAAUUUCUCUCUGUCCGUAAAGACUUAACCCUGUACAGAGGUGUAGCUCUUCUAACUGUGUUCAUUUCGCUGUCAUUGAUAUAAUGAAUGUAAUUUAUAUGUAGGAUAAAGUGUUAUUAUCUUUUCCUGGCAAUAAGACACGGUUAAUGUGGCACAUACUCGGCAAUUUGCGUUACCAUCAGCAUUACCCUCAGAUCUUAUUCACAUUUAAAAUACAGUGAAUUGUCCUUCAUAUUUGGGUGUCAAAAGUUAAUGAACUAAAAUGGAAAGUAGGUGCUAAUCAUGGUCUAAAAAGCAGCACAUGUUUUUCCUAAGUAGAUUAAACUGCAGUGCCUGGAGUUAUCAAGCUUGGCUGAUCACUGCCCAAUUAUUCUACCAGCCUUUGAGUUAUAUUUAAUGUCUGCAAGGCAUGUGGAUUGCAUCUGCAAGAAUGGAAAUUAUUUCAGGGUGUCUUGUUUGUGCUAAAGAGGGUCUUUGACGAAGAUUUUAAAGUGGAAAUUGAAGAAGCUGACCUCACAUGGAAAGGGAGACAGUUCAAGAGACUUUGGACCUUCGCCUUUGGUUUUAUACACACAGAUAUACAGUAUACAAAGGCUGUCUGUAGCAAUGUAAGGGCAAACAUACUCUAGCCUCGGGUACACAUAUUUUGAUAUAAUGGUUAGUUAGACUGGAGGCAUCUAUCAGCCCUAGUGUCCAUCCAUCCAUCCAUCCAUCCAUCCAUCCAUCCAUCCAUUUUCUGUACCUCUUAUCCUACACAGGGUCAUGGGGUGCCUGGAGCCUAUCCCAGGAAACUUGGGGCACAAGGUGGGGGACAACCUGGAGGGGGUGCCAACACAUUGCAGGGCACAAUCACACACCCAUUCACAAUUUAGAGAUGCCAAUCGGCCUACAACCCAUGUCUUUGGACUGGGGGAGGAUACCAGAAUACUUGGAAUACCCCUGAAGCAGGAGAACAUGCAAGCUCCAUGCACACAGGGGGAUGUAGGAAUCGAACCCCCAACCUCAGAGGUGCAAGCCAAACCUACUAACACAUUUUGACAUAUUAAAUUAAAUCUUAAUUAACCACCCAAAUGUAGUUUUAGGUACGGUUUGUGCUAUGUGCUUUUUCAUGUUGCAUAGUCCAGACAGAGAUCAGUUCAUCUUCAUAAUAUAAUGCUGUAUUACCAUAUUUUUUAAAACAGCCCCUUUAUUAAUCAUUUUGUGUUUUUAAUAUACACCAUGUUUAUACCUAUUUAAAAUGUAUUAAGGAAAUAAUAAAUAAGUAAUUUCAUGCCGAUAAUAGUAACACCUUGUGAAUUGUUUUCUUGACAUAGAAUCAAGCAACAGCCUAAUAAAUGAUAAAUGGGGAAUUUUUAAAAAGGAUGCUGCUAUGGUUACUGCAAAAACAUAUGGUAUCACCUUCCCAAAUAAAAGAUCAUAAAUACAUAUAUUUGAUAGAAAUCAUAAACAAAUCGCUG